ACUGGAAUCACUCCAGAGAAACUGUCCGCAGACGGUAUUCUUGUGAGUCUUGCUCUGUGAUUGCCGUGUCAUUGGAUGUGAUUAUUUGGUUACAGUCAAGUGAUUCCAUGAAGCUCGGCGGUUACCUUGGCUUUGGUCUCAUCAAGUGUGGUGUGUUCGCCAUUUGGCAUCCAGUCAAACGCAUCCAAUCUUAUCUAUCUUUGUCUCAUCCCGAAAAAGACGCGGGAUUCAGUUGUCCAAACGCGGACAUAGAUUGAUAUUAACGUAAAUAUCACGAGCAAUGAUUGAGAACAAUAACGUAUUUGACCCUUUGGCUCCCAUCGAGGAUGAUGUGGAGGAACAUGCCGAGCCAUCCGAUUUGGACGACAACUAUAAAGCUUUGGCUAAAACUAUUUUCAAUGAGACUCCUGCCAAAUCAGAGGGGCUUCUUGACAUUUUGAGGCAUCGGAUUUUGGAUGAAGAAAAGUGGAACGUUCCCACAAGUAACCGAUACCUGUUAAAAAUGUUGAGAGCGGGAAACUACGACGUUGAAGGGGCUCUUCAAGUCAUCCGCGAAUACUACACUCACUUCCAGUUGCGGCCAAAUUACUUUCGAUUUUGCACAAAGGAAAAUAUCGACAAGGUCCUGGGUGUGCCGAUUCAGACAGUGUUGCCGCACAGAGAUCGUCAUCAAAGAAGGAUCCUUAUUCUUCGCACGGAGCAUUGGGAUCCAGCCACUUUGACCUAUCCUGAGUUGUUUUGUGCCGGCUAUAUGCUUUGUGAGCUGAUGUCACUGGAGCCCAAGAACCAGAUCGCAGGAGUCACAUGUGUGGUUGACCUGACCGGCUACUCCUUUGCUCAUAUGCAUAGCUUCACGUGGGACGGGAUCAAAUCCAGCAUCGCUUUGUUGCAGAACUCAUUUCCCUUGUGGAUGCGGGCCGUUCAUUUCGUGAAUGUGCCUCUCCUUUUCCGGGCCACAUUUCACUUGAUCAGUCCCAUGUUGAGCGAUGAGAUGAAGGAGUGCAUCUUCAUGCACUACAGCUUGGAGGACCUCUAUGACCACUUGGACCCAGCCAUCCUACCCACUGAAUUGGGAGGAACAAACGGACCCUUGGAUAAUGAAAACUGCAAGAAGCUCCUAUUCCAAAUGCUGGAUUACUUUCAACGAGCCCAAACUUACUCGAUCAAAUCUAAUGCCGAACCUCAAGAAUCUUAAGAUAUGUACAGUUUGCGUCAUUUGUAAAUGCUCAUUCCACCUUACCCAUUUGGAGGUCGAAUAGAAUAUUGACCACGUCGUGGCCAGCGUUGAUGGACUGGGCGAUGAUCUCCCGUUCCAACAGAUUUCCGCAAUUGGUGUCCCUCUGAACUAAAAGACAAAGAAUUAGAAACAUAUCAGAUGAAGAUUGAAACGACCUCAAUGCACAGCAAUGAACUCAUUGCGUAAGGGAAUACCAAGGUCAUUUAUCCUUUAUCGAAGGCUUGAUGAAAGUCAAUUCAGCGCCCAUCCAUGUCUUCAAACAGGCUACUACCUGUGCAAAAAAUGGACCACAGCCAUCACCAAAACACAAUCAGUUCUUUAAAACUUCAUACUAUUGUCACGGUCACAAUUAUGAAAGAAGGUAUGGGAAUUCCCAGAUCUAAAUAUUAGAUUAAAAUGUGAAAUAGAGUCUCACAUUCGUUGGUUGAA